AAAAAAGCUUUGAAUAUUACAUUGAAUAUUUCAUGGAGCUACCACUUCCAAUCAAAUGAUCACUUCAGAUGGGCUGAUAAUGUUAGAUAAAACCUCUUUAUCAACAAUGCACUGGAGUCCCACAGAGCUACUUUCCAUAUUCAACAAAAAUCUUUCUUUGCAUAGAUACGUGUGUAAAAACAGAACAUUCGUCCAGAGGCCAGAGUGCCAUCGAAGGUAACUAGAGAGACAGUAAAGUCUUUUAUGCCAGGAAAAAUAAAAUGCUGGGUGUCUCACAGAAUUUCAGAACCUGAUUUCAAAAGGAUCAUAUGAAGAGGAAAUAAAAUUUAGUAUGGUGGACCGCUCUACAGGAUAUAUUUGUCAAUGGAAUUUUUCCACAUAUCAUACGACCAGCAAGAGAAAAAAAUAAUUAUUGUUGAUUUGAAUUUUGAUUGUGGAUUCUAUUUUCUUCAUUUGGUCAGAUGAAAUUCCAAAGGCCGCCUUUUCUCUUCUCAAUUUAGAGAAAAAUGAGCAGGAGGAAUUGUUGGAUUUGUAAGAUAUGCAGAGCUGAAUCUAAGAGGCCCCCUUCAAACCUCACUUUGGAGGAAGUGUUGCAGUGGGCCCAGUCUUUUGAAAAGUUGAUGACUACAAAAUAUGGCCCAGUCAUCUAUGCAGCAUACUUAAAAAUGGAGCACAGUGAUGAGAAUAUUAAAUUCUGGAUGGAAUGUGAAACCUAUAAGAAAAUCGCCUCACGGUGGAGCAGAAUUUCUAGAGCAAGGAAGCUGUAUAAGAUUUACAUCCAGCCAGAGUCCCCUAGAGAGAUUAACAUUGACAGUCUGACAAGAGAAGCUAUCAUCAAGAAUAUUCAAGAACCCACUCGAACGUGUUUUGAAGAGGCUCAAAGAAUAGUGUACAUGCACAUGGAAAGAGAUUCCUAUCCCAGGUUUCUGAAGUCAGAAAUGUACCAGAAACUUUUGAAGACUAUUCAGUCCAAGAACAAUUCCUGAAUAUCCCUCGAAAGUUUCAAUUCGACACGGCAGUGAAAGUACUGGCUUUGUUCUGUUAAUUUAAAAAAACACAAUAUCGGAAAUAGAGUAGAAAUGAAGUAGAAGAAAUCAAACUACAAAUUGACUUCUAGUUCCCAAAGAGAUCCCAAAAGGGAUGGACUCUAAAAUUCUUAUACCAUAAAUAACACAAUUUCUGGCAUACCUAGGCAGCUCAGUUAAUAUAUAAGGAAAAGGAAGAUAUUUCUCAUGACACCAAUAUGAUGAAGUUUUUACUGUAGUAGUCAACUAAUGGAUGUUUUCCUAUUAAUGAAAUUUUUCUGUCCUAAUGCACAGAUUGGGUCUUUAAAACUUGUAGCUGUGUGAGUUGUCUAUCUAGCAUGAAUAUUUUCCAUAGAUAGAUGAAGUGCUCUUGAUAACGUUAAUUAGUGAAGUUGGUACCCACGGUACAAUCAAUUGUAUUAUAACAUGAGCAAUACCAAAAAGAUGUGUUCUUGAGAUUUGAUCUGUAAAAUUCUCCUACUAUUAUGUUCAUAACUGAACUUCUAGAUUGCAUAUAUCACCUACAUGUGAAAAAUUCCUGGUGAUUCUAAGUUAUUAAAAAUGUAUGAAUUUCUUCAUUUAUUUCUAUACUUACAUGGCUAUAAGGGUGGAAAAUUUGGUUCCUAUAUUCUGAGGGGUUUUUUUCCUCACAAUGUGAAUUCAUUGUGGUCCUGAUAACCAGUAAAUCCAAAUAUAAGCUAAAAACUUACAAAUGUAUAGUUUUUUUCAACGACACAGUAAAGGACUGUUUUUUAUCUGUCCUGUCAUAGCAGCUUCUUAGAAUUUGUCAAAAAAUUCCAGAGGAAAGAACUCAUAUCUAUUUCACUUGCUGUGUUCAGCACAUUGUAUAGGAUAAGUGUUCCAUACAAAUGGGUAAAUAUUCUAUACUUUUGAUGAAAAAUAAAUUACCUAAAAUACUUAAUAUCAUUUUUUACAAAGAAUUAACUGUAGGAAAAUUUUGUUCAAGAUUUUUAGUUUUACUAUAAGAAGUGUGUCUCAGGUCUCAAAUUUGACUGAAAUCACAUUAUUAUUUUAAAUUGCCUAUAUUGUAUCACAUGAAAAUGAAUAUUGACUGGAAUUGUUUUCAUUCAGCAAAGGAUUAUUAUAACAGAAUAAAUAUUUGGGGGUUCAUUUCUGAGAGAGAGAAUUGGCUGCACAAGAGAAUAUUUUUAUUGAAAAGUAUCUCGUAGAUUAAUGUGGAGUCCAGUUAGUCGCACAAAGUGUUACCACAGUAGUCCAAUUUCAUGUAAUUCACCAAAUUUUACUUAUUUUCUCUUAAAAAUACCAAUAGAAGAAUACAGGUUGAACUCUUAGAAAUCUGAACUUGAUGAUGGUCCUCAGCAACAAUAAGCCAGAAAAAAAUUGUUGCCCCAUAUGUUUCAAAUAGUUAUCUUAUCUUACUUCAGCAGCAAAUGAAUAUAUUUAUGGGCGAACAGAAAAAGUCAUGGGGAGUUCAAGCUGUCUCAGGAAACCUGGGGCCCUUCUCAUUUAAAUUGUACUAAAUCAGCCAAACACUGAGAGAACUCACCAGUGGAAGCAGAAUAAGCCGCAUUCUUCAUUAUUUAUUUCUCUCUGUAUUCCAAUGCAGGCUAAGUCUAAAGUUUUCAGUUUUGCUUAUCUAUUGAUUUUACCUCCCAAAUUCAGUCCCUCUGCUCAGCUCUCAGAGCGCUUUGACCAUCACGUUGGGUCAACAAGGGGCCACACAGUAACAUGAAACAAAAAGCUUUGAGCGGAGGUACAAAGCCAUUGGAGUCGUGCCUGCUCAUUCACUUGGUGUGGUUUCACCUUGGGUACCAGUUUCCUCAACUAUAAAACAAAGAGGUGGGGGCCGGC